AUGACCAACAUUAACAUCAUGGACAAGGCGACUUCGGUUGCCGCCGCUUUCAACGCCGGCAAGCAGCCUUCCCAGCAGCAAGUCGACGCUUGGGUCGACUACCUACUCCAGGGCUCGCUUCUCCAGAUCGAGAAAUCGGACGCCGGAGGCGAGCUCAGUCAGAACGGUAAGCAGCUCGCACGCGACUUGCGCAAUAUUCUCGAGACGUACAAGACCUAUGGCGAGCACAAGAACCGCGACAACCUCUUCCAAGAGGCGAUCUGGCAUUUGCGUCAGGCGGAUAUCUCCGACGCGUCCCUGGACGUUGACACGGACGUCGACAAGCGCCAGGCCAAGCGCGACUCUCGCGCCAUCGCCUCGUCUCUCCGCACCUCCCUUGAAGUGCUCUGGCAGAGCGCAUCGAUAGAGGGGUCUGGCGUCUUCGGCGAUUUCACUUCCUUCUUGCGCCUCUCGCUCGCCGACACCCUGGAAUCCCUCGGCUCGAACGCCGGUAGCGCCGCUGGUAGCUUGCGCGAGACAGAAGACGAAGUUCAGGCUGGCGAGCGUAACGCCCUAGGCGUUAAGCGCAAGGCUGAGAAUGAGCCCGAGGAUUCCGCGCAGGAGAAGUUUGAGAAGGGCAUGGACACUCUCAAGGGCGCUGGAUCGACUGCUAUCGGUGCUGGUGAGCAGUCCGCUGAGAAAGCAAAGGAGCUUGCCGACCGCUCGUCUAGCCGCAUGCGUGAGGCUGGCACUCGCAUCGCCAAACGUGCUUCCGAGGACAAGGACUACCGUGCUGCGAUCGACACUGUCUUCGAUCUCAUCGACAAGUGGCUGCACAUCACUGGGGACGCCGCUGUCGAGGGUGCACAGUCCGCUACUUCUCUCGAGUCCUUUAUCAACGAUCCGACGGAGGAGCAGCAUCUCAUCAAGGCGCUCAAGGCGUUGCGCGCCCUGGCCGAGAAUGUCGCUGGUGGCAAGAGCUUUGAGCCCCUCUUCAACUCUCUGCAGGCGCUCGUCGUCGAUAUCCGCAAUGACCCUGACAUUCAGCAAUGGGUCUCCGACUUCCUGACGGUUUUCAAGCGCAACAUCGAGACGGUCGGCCAGGUUGACUCCGAGGAGACUAAGGCCCAUCGCGAGGACCUUCGCACACGUUGGAAGAAUCUUACGAGCGAGGAGAACGCAAAGUCGAAGAAGUGGAGCGACGACGUUGACGUCUUCCGCCGCGAGCUCAAGGUCAUCAGCAAGCGCCUCGGCGACGACCCUGAGCUGGCAAAUAUCCGCAAGGCGCACGCUCAGCUCGGUCAGGACCUCGAAGAGCUCUUCAUUGACGUUGCUGCUACUGGCAUUCAGUCCGCUAUCGACAAGGCUGCUUGGGCAUGGCAGGACCUUUUCAAUGUUUACCUCCCUCGGGCGGUCGGCCUGCUCAAGAAGAUCCCGAUUCCGAGGACGGAGUACAAGGACCCCGAGACUGAGUUCGUUCUUGAGAACCUCGACAUCUCUACCUUUAACCUCUUACCCGGUCACGUCUUCAUGCGCAAUAUCACCGACAUCGACAUCACCGCUCCUCAGGACGCUGCCGCGAAGACGGCUGUCGGCUCGCUUACGCACCUCCAGAUCAAGGCGCUCCAGCUCCAGCUUGAGGACAUCUCCUUCUACUACAAGGACAAGACCGCCACUGUCGGGCCGUCCGAGUACACCGGUGUCGUUGCCGUCACGCUUCCGCCGCAGGGUGUCGACGUUGACGUCCGCUUCCGUCUGAUCCCCAACACCGAGGAUGGCCUGAAGCAGCGCAAGAUCAAGCAGGCGUUCCAUCGUGUCGAGAAAGUUGAAGUAUCCGUAUCAACCGACGCCGAAUUCGAGGUCAAGCAGUCGAAUCACGCUGUCCUUCUCACAGUCUUCAAGCCUCUGCUCAACACUCGUCUUCGCGAGACGCUCCAGACGGUGCUCUCUGAGCAAAUCCGCGGCUUGCUCGAGACGGCCGACCAUCUGGCUUACGACAUUUCCGAGCGCAGCCAAGUUUUUGCGGACGCCGGCCUCUCGCGCGGCCCCGCGCUCACCAGCGCCAUCUGGAGCGAGCUUGGUCGUCUGCGCAGGAUGCCAGGCGGCGUUUUCAGCGGCUGGCAGGCGACGGGCACCGGUGCUGUCAAGGAGCUUGAGGGCAACGCGAAGCUUGCACUCGGCGCCGAGCCCCAGAUCCUCAGCCCCGAGAAGCAUGGCCCGCAUGCAACGCUCUCCGAGCCACUUGCGGACAAGGCGAAGCGCGCGACAGAGCAGGCUGCCGAUCAGGUGGAUAUCGACACCGACCGUGUACCGUCGAGCGAUGAUGCCGCUAGCGCUGCAAAGGACGGCGUUGAGCAGGCGCGCCAGGGUGCGAAGGAGGGUCUCCGUCAAAUCCGCACGUUCAAGGAACUUGUGGGUGAGAAACAACGCAUGGAGGAGAGCCGUGCCGGCUGGAAGACCGACGCGUUCGACAUCUAA